AGAUCCAACCUUUGGUCGGAGUUGGCUAUACUCGAUGGAGCAAAUGUGUUCUUCGUAUCAAACCCAUCGUAUUCCAGAAGUCUCCAUCGACAACGAUCGACCCCGGACAAGGGCGAGAGAGAGAGAGAGAGAACGAUGUCGAGGCCGGAUCGCAGCGACGCUCGUCUGCCGCCGGAAGAGGCGGCGAGGGUGGAGGCGGCUACGAGGGAGUACUUCGAGGGGAUCGCCCCCAAGCGCCACACCAAACCCUCCCGGAGCGAGUACUCCUCUGUCUACUCGGACGCCCUCCAGUCGGCCGAUCCUGGCUCGGUCCCCGAGCUCGACAAGCUCCGGCAUCUCGAGGCCCGUCGCCAGAAGCUAGCUUGCGAUGGCCAUGAAGUGGCAGAAGAAUACGUCGAGACGGAGUAUUACAAGGAUCUCCGCUGCAUCGACAAGCAGCAUCACACGACAGGAACUGGUUUCAUCAAGGUGGAAAAGUCCGGCGGAAGUAGCUUUGUCCUAGGACCAGUAUCUGAUGCAUCUAGCUACCAGGCAUCUUGCAAGGGGAAUCCAGCUACAAACGAAUGGAUUCCAUCUGCUGAUAUAGUAUGACAAGUUAUCCCGAAUUCAAACAAGCCUAAGAGGAGUGAGAAUUAGCUUGGACGUACAUGACAUUCUCCAGCAGUUGGCAUGCUAUUGCAUACAUAAGCACUUGCGUACAGGUGAUGCCCUAUUGUUGGUUUGUUAAGGUGAUUCUACUGGUGUCAUGUGAACUUAUCAGCAUACGUAUCGCAUUCUCUUCCUGUAGCGUGUUUAAUUGGAGCAUCAAAUGAACAAUUGUAUUGUCAAAGGAAACAAGGAACAUUUAAGGGGGUCAAGGAUACUUGAAUGGAUUAGAUGCAGUGAUUUUGGUAUAGAUUUGAAUUUCGACUAGACUCAGCUUUACCAUCCGAGUCUUGGUAUGUUCUUUCCCUUGACAUCCAAGUCCAGAUCUACUUAUUUCA